AUGGUGGAGCGGGGCGCCGCGGUGCCACUGCUGAGCUGGGCCGAGGACCCAGCGGUCUCCCCACCGCAGGCCCCGGAGCUGCAGGCUGGAGGCUGGGGCUGGGGCGGCACCGGGGGUGGCCGGUUGGCUGCGGAGCCAUGGAGGAGGCGGGAGCCCGAGGGGCUGGGUGCCUCCGAGGUGCUGCUGCAGCCCGGGCGCCUGGAGCUGGGCGACAUGGAGGAGGACCAGAUGGUGGCCGUGUUCGUGGUCACCUUCGAUCCCCGCUCGGGAAACAUGGUGGAGUGGUGUUUACCUCAAGAUAUUGACCUCGAAGAUGUUGCGUUCAAGUCGAUGGCCAGUGGGUCCCAUAAAAUCCAGUCUGAUUUUAUCUAUUUCCGGAAAGGGCCCUUCUUCGGCCUGGCCUGCUUCGCCAACAUGCCUGUGGAGAGCGAGCUGGAGCUUGGCGCCCGCAUGAAGUCAGUGGGCAUCCUUUCUCCGUCCCACACCCCGCUUUACCGGUACAUGCACUUCCUGGAGAACCAGGUUCGGCACCAGCUGGAGAUGCCUGGACAGCACUCCCAUCUGGCUGCCUUCUACGAGGACAAGAAAGGGGUGCUGCGUGCUGGUCCGGGGAGAGGCGGCAGCCCCCCCCCCGUCUGCUGGCUGCCUUCCAUCCACCGGUACAUGUACCCUGAGAUGAAGAUCACACACCCAGCUGGCUGCAUGUCUCAGUUCAUUAAAUUCUUUGGAGACCAGAUCCUUGUCCUUUGGAAAUUUGCUUUACUUCAGAAGCGCAUUUUGAUAUUUUCUCCCCCUCCUGUGGGUGUUGUGUGCUACAGAGUGCACUGCUGCUGCUGCCCGGCCAGUGUGUCCCUGCCCAGCAUUGGGGGAGCCAUUCCCGAGUCCAAGCCUUUCUUCUACGUGCACGUGGCUGACAUCGAGAGCCUGGAGGUAGAGGUGUCCUAUGUGGCCUGCACCACAGAGAAGAUAUUUGAGGAGAAGCGGGAACUGUAUGACGAGUAUGUGGACAACAAGAACGUGAAGACGCACCACGACCACCUGCAGCCCCUGCUGAAGAUAAACAGCGCUGACCGGGAGAAGUACCGGCGGCUCAAGGAACAGAGGCAGAUGCUGCAGUACUCCCAGGAAGUGGAGGGGGACUCCGACCCGUGUGAAGAGGACCUCUUUGUGCUGUUUAUCCUGAAGCAAAACAACCGGAUAUUUCAGACUUUGUUGGAGGUGUCUGCCAGUCAAGACAAAACUCUGACAGCCGAGCACGCCAGGCAUGUCAUGGGUCUGGACCCCCAGGGAGACCGCAGCUUCCUGCUGGACCUGCUGGAGGCCUAUGUCAUCGAUGUCAUGUUGAGCAUUGACAACCCCUGUUGUCCAUAG